AUGAGGCCACUUCUGUUCUUGAUCCUCUUCAUCCACACCGCUCUCGCCGACUUCUGGGACGACCGCAACACCCUCCUAUCAAACGAAGCCUCCCAACUCUUCGGCUCCUUCUGGGAACUAACCGAAAACGAACAAAAAGUCAACGACAUCCUAAUGAAGUUCAAACUCCAAGAAUACGACGAAGGUUUAUCAAACCCGUCAAAAUUUUUGCCCUCGAUUCACUUCUUUCACUCCAAAGCGGCCAUCGAGCAAUCCGAGGUGUUCAAGUUCAUCCAGAAAGUACCAAAGGGAGCGUCUCUGCACUCCCAUUCUACCGCUAUGUUGAGUACUGAGGCUCUUUUGAAUCUGACGUACAUGGAGGGGUUGUAUGGCUGUGACGACAACACAAAGUUCAAACUGCACUUUUUCUUCGGUGGUGUCAACGACGAUUGUGACUGGAGGUUGUUGGAAGAUUUGCGAAACGAAGAUUCCGGGUUUGACGAUUUUUUGAGGAGCAAAAUGACGUUGGUUGUGGACGAUCCGGCAGGUACUUGUUGUGAUAUUAAUGAAGUCUGGAGCGCUUUUGAGGACAUUUUUGAGUUCGUGGCGCCUCUGUUUGACUACAGGCAGUUUUUGCACGACUAUUUGUACCAAGUGCUUCGGGAGUUCCACGACGAUAACGUCAAGUACUUGGAAAUUAGAGGAGUUUUCGGGGAAACUUUUGAUUCAAAUAACACCAUCUAUGGACCUUUGGACACCGCUCAACUGUACAAAGAAACACAACAGGAAUUCGCCAUUGACAGUCAAGACUUUGCAGGACAUCGGGUUAUUUAUUCUAAUUCUAGAAAGGUCAGCAUUGACACUAUGGACAGUUACAUUUCCGACUACUUGGAAUUGCGGGCAGCCUAUCCGGAGAUAGUCGUCGGCUUUGAUCUAGUAGGUCAAGAAGACCUCGGGGAACCCCUUUCUGUGUUUGCAGACCAGCUAGCAACGAUUGCCAACCGAACAAAAUUUUUCUUCCACGCUGGCGAAACCAACUGGUAUGGAACCACCGAUCUUAACCUAAUCGACGCCAUCUUGCUUAACACCAGUCGCAUCGGUCACGCUUUUGCCAUCACGAAACACCCAGAAGUACUUAGAGUCGUCAAGGAGAGGAACAUCGCAAUCGAGUUGAACCCAAUAUCUAAUCAGGUUUUGAAAUUGGUUGAUGAUCUUAGGAACCAUGUGGGUGCUUAUUUGAUUGCGAAUGGGUACCCGGUGGUGAUCACGUGCGACGGUCCUAGUUUCUGGGGGGCGAAGGGGUUGAGCUAUGACUGGUAUAUGGCUUUUAUGGGGAUGACUCCCAGGGAGGGCGACCUGAGGAUUUUGAAGGAGCUGGCGUGGAAUUCUUAUGUCUACACGGCUUUGGAUAAAGAGGGGUUGCCUUUUAUUCUAAACUUGUUACAGGGUUGGUGGGAUGAUUUCAUAAAAGAGAUUCUUGAAGCGUAUCACUGA